AUGAGUUCGGCGGCGUGGGACGGACAGGACCAGGCCAUGACCUCGACUACCGAUGAGGAGUUUCACCAGUUCAUUAACAUGGCCAGUCUGGGAGAUGGCAUGCACUUCGACUUCCAAGGCUUCCCCGAUGGUUCAGCACAAGGCCUAAUGAACCAGCCGCGCGACGCUCCCGACACAAUAAUGACCGACACUGAGAACCCGGGCCUCAUGUCUGUCGCCAAUUCAUUGCCCAUGUCGACGUCAACCGGCCAGCCCACCAUUCCCGCCCACAUGAUGACACCCGCCAGCGAUCCCAUCUCCAACAUUGAUGCCCAGAUCCAAUAUCUGCAACAGCAAAAGUUUCAACAACAGCAGCGCCAGCUACAGGAGCAGCAGGCUGCCUUCUUCCACAGCCAUAACCACUCUGUGCCUCCCACACCGCAAAGUCUUGAGAUGCCCAACAGCGGCCAGUUCUACUCUCAGGCUGAACAGGUUUCGCAAUCGGGCGUCUACGACAGAGGAUAUCAACGCAUGAAGGAUCAGCAAGAUAUGGCCUUCACACCACUUGUCUCUCCCGCAGUUACCCCUCUUGAUCCUGGCUUUCCGAUGAGCGACAGCUUCGUUGCCCAGAAUCCCUACUUCAGCCCUCUCACAUCGCCAGCGCUUAUCCCACAAAAUGACCACUCCGCCGUCUACAACACAAACUCUCCGAUUGAGAUGGAUCCUGAAAACCCGGCCCGCCCCGUUUCAUCUGUUAUGGAUUUGUCAAAGAAGACGAGAAGGAAGGCAGCUGCCAAGUCAAGCCGGAAGGGCAGUAUUCGGAGCUCGCCCAUUGUGAAGCCGCAGCGUCAAAAGAUAAGACCUAGCCCGGCUAUUGUCUCUCAGGUUCUUAACGAGGUGGAUGAGAGCAACGGUGCUUUCCUCCCUAUGCCCGCGACUUCGACCGAGACCUCAGCAGAAGAAAACUCAUCAGUGUCUCCCGAGGCUCUUACAGAUAUGCCCCCGCCUCCGAUCCCCAACAGGAGAUCAACAAGUAAAUCUCCCUACAUUCAAGCGCAAAUGGGAAAUCAGCAGACUCCGAUCUCGGCCCCAGUGGACUCUCAUCCGGCCCCAGCGACCCCAGCUUCACUCAUGAAGCUGCCAGCAUCCAAGGCGCACAAGCAAGCUGCGGGCCAUCACGAACCUGCUGUCUCUGAGCACAUUGAAUCGCUUGAGUUGCCGGAAUCGGUAUCUGGUGGCAAGACGCCGGCCCCAGUUGUCUCACGUGCCUCUAUCCAAUCUCCUAUUGUAGAGCCUAAUCCUGGCAAGGGCUCUGGUUUCCAACCCUUGCCAUCUCCCGUGUUCCCGAGGCCAUCGGGGCCGGCUUCCGCGAGUGCCAGUCCUCAGCUGGCCCCAGGUUCGACAGGCCCCUCCGCAAGGAAAACUCCGCAACUCGCGCCCCGGUCAAGCAGGAAACGUUCAACAGGCUCAGUGCAUGUAUCUCCGGCGUUGUUGCCAAGGAUUUCUCCCAGUAUCAAGCCCCUGCUUCCUGGCACGCCUGGUAUGACGUCUGCGGAGAGUGCUGCUUCACAACUACUCAUGUCAAAGUCCAACUACCAGAAUAUUCUUGAGGGCAACAAGGUGCCGGGUGUGUCUUAUCCAAGCGAGCUGUCGACAAAUCUUACAUCCAAGCGGACCUCACAUAAGAUUGCUGAACAGGGCCGUCGUAACCGAAUAAAUUCAGCCUUGCAGAUCAUGGCAGGACUUCUACCUGGCGGUGACAAGGGCAGUGCUGGAGAGGAGGUGGAUAAGAAGGAGGGGAAGCAGGCCAACGCCCAGAACAGCAAGGCCAGCGUUGUUGAGAAUGCCAUCGUGCAUCUGAAGAACCUCGAGCAAGAGAAUGUGGACCUGAAGAAGGAGGUGGAGGAACUAAAAAAGCGACUCGAAGGGUUGACAGGAACUGAGAGCAAGGAAUGA